AUAUCUGAGUUGAGCCUGCCGCUACCUUGGCUACCGGGCUCCUCCGGAGUCAGUGCCCGUAGUGGAGCUACGGCGGCCGGGUUGCCAGGUUACGGGAAAAGAAUUUAGACUCUACAUCAAGAUUUUUAUUUACACGACCGUUAAAUGCAAGGCUACUGCAGUGAAACCAUGAAUAAGAAUACAUCUGCUACAGUGCCAUCUGGUCUACUCGAAAAGGAUCCUGCCUUUCAGAUGAUUACAGUUGCCAAGGAGACAGGACUGGGUCUGAAGAUCGUAGGAGGGAUUAACCGGAAUGAAGGUCCCUUUGUGUACAUUCAGGAAAUUGUUCCUGGCGGAGACUGUUGUAAGGAUGGACGUUUGAAGCCAGGAGAUCAACUUGUCUCAAUAAACAAGGAAUCUAUGAUUGGCGUAUCAUUUGAAGAAGCCAAAAGCAUAAUUACCAGAGCCAAGUUCAGGUCAGAAUCUGCUUGGGAGAUAGCAUUCAUACGACAGAAUUCUGACAGCAGUCAUCCAGAAAAUCCAUCGGGCACAUUCCUCUUACAAACUUCAGGAGAAUAUGGACUUCAACCCUCAACGUUUAGUCUUCUUUCUUCUUCCCCAGAAAUACCAACUCCAAAGACCUCAUCCACUCCCCAAACUACUGAUGCUGUUUUACCUUCUUUUCAGGUGAAUCAGUUAAAAACUGGACACAAGAAAACAGAGCAGACUCCAGUUACUUUUUUGGACCACACCUCUACGGGCCGACCCAGUACAGAUACUGCUCCCGCCCAGACUGGUCAUCAUGGACCCCAUGGGAAGAAGAUUUCCCUAAAUCCCUCCGUCCGCCUUAAGGCAGAGAAACUGGAAAUGGCCCUAAAUUACCUUGGUAUCCAGCCCACAGAGGAACAGCACCAAGCCCUGAGACAGCAAGUGCAAGCAGACCCAAAGGGGACAGUGUCUUUCGGAGAUUUUGUCCAGGUCACCAGAAAGCUGUUUCACUUGCAAUUGGAUGAAGUCAACGUUGGUGCACCUGAAAUUUCCAACCUUCUAGACUCACAGCUUAUCAGCCGUGGUUCCUUAAAAGCAGAUGAAAUGGAAAGGCUUCAACGUGAAAGAAAUGAUGCUUUGAAAGAAGUGAAUGCACUUAAGGAAAAAUUACUUGAAUCAGAAAGACAAAGGAAACAAUUGACAGAAGAACUCCACAAUGUGAAACAGGAAGCCAAAGCUGUCAUUGAAGAAACCAAAGCCCUGCGAAGCCGGAUUCAUCUUGCCGAAGCCGUGCAGAGACAGGCGCAUGGGAUGGAAAUGGACUACGAAGAAGUGAUCCGUCUGCUGGAGGCCGAGAUCACAGAGCUGAAGGCCCAGCUUGCUGAUUAUUCUGACCAAAAUAAAGAAAGCAUUCAGGAGUUAAGGAAGAGAAUCACAGUUCUUGACUGCCAAUUGCGAAAAUCGGAAAUGGCUCGGAAAUCUUUUGAGGCAUCCACUGAAAAGCUUCUUCAUUUUGUGGAGGCUAUUCAAGAAGUGUUUUCUGAUAAUUCUGCUUCUUUAACAACUUUAAGUGAAAGAAGAGCCCUGUUCGCCUCCCAGACGUCCCUUACCCCACUGGGAAGGAACGGCCGCAGCGUGGCCGCCACGCUGGCUCUGGAAUCGAAGGAGCUCGUCAGAUCUGUCCGUACCACACUGGACAUGGACUGUCUACCUUACGGGUGGGAGGAAGCUUACACAGCAGAUGGUAUCAAGUACUUCAUCAAUCACGUAACACAGACCACGUCCUGGAUCCAUCCCGUGAUGAGUGCGCUGACCCUGUCUUGCUCAGAGGAGAAUGAAGAGGAUUGCUCCAGAGAACUUCCCGACCGGAAGAGCUAGUGGUUUUCUGUGGGAAGCUGAGCUCCGUGGCCUUGCAGCACCUUGGUCUCCCCGGAGGACUCAGAGACGCAAUGGUCUGAACCAGGAGUAAGCAGGACCUGUCGACGCUCUGAAACAGAGACUCCGCACCAAAGGCUCAUUUUAUAAAACUUUUUUGUACAACUGUGUACAUUUACAGGAUCAAUCGCCAUGACAGUAGUUCUUUAAGAAUAAUCUAGUCCUAUUUUUUUGAAGUCAUAUAUAAUUAGACUUUAUAGGAUGUAUACUUUUUAUAUAUAAUCAGAACUUUGCAAUUUUAUUUACAGUUCUUUAUGGAGUGUCUAAUACAUUGAUUUCUAGGAUUAAUACUUAGGUUGGAAAAUUAUGUGAAUAUAGUGAAACACUUCAUUUAUUUGGAAACUCACUAACCUUGUACAUUUGUAUCUUAGGAAAGCAAUUAAGCAAGCUUUGGGGAUUUUUCCUGAUGAUCCCAGGUGGACCACGAUCUCCCAGGCUACUGAAUAUAGCCUGCGUUUUAUGGGGCUUUCCCAUUUACAUAAUGCUUUCCUGGCCCGGUUUUAUUCACACCCUCCAACACACCGUGAGGCAGAUCCAGUGGGUGAUUUUUACCCUGUUUUUUGUUUGUGGAAAUAGUGGUUCAGAGAAGCGAGGCGCCUUAUCCUAGGCCUUCUGACCCUCUGUCCCGCCCCCUUUCCACUGUGCCCUGCUGUCCCAUCAGAGGCAGGUCCCAGCCCAAUGCACAGGGCACGUGGCUCUGUUGACGCAGCUGAGCUCCACGCCGUGCACUCCAGUGGCUGCCAAGAUGCAGCAGGCACCCCUUCAGUUAAACACACCCCCACAUAACUCCACUGUGGUCCCAGAAACCCUUCCCCCUUCUGCCUCCCCAAACCCUCACCAGGUAGGAGCAUGGUUUUGUGAUGUUUGAGCAGGCUUCUCGGGGCUGGCUCAUAUCAAGGAUCUGCCUUGCUUAGGUUGUCCUCGCCAGGCGGAGCACUUGAGGAGCGUUGAUGAGAAGAGGGGCAUCCAGAGUCUCCUCUGCUCUCGAAAGAGAUGUCCUUGAACCCUUUUUCUCCAAGUUCAAGACUGACACUGUUAUUGCUGAUACCACCCACCAAACUAAUUAUGCUUUUGAUCUUAUUUUAUUUUAUUGUAAGGAUGCUAGACAAUUUCUAGCGGGAAUGAGCCAUUGACUUGGAACGCUAAAGAUUUUCUUUCAGUUUAAUCAUUUAAACCCAAGGCUAGAAAAUGGAGGGGCUUGUGGAGUAGGGAGGAAGUCAUUUCAAAUGUCCAGGGCAUUAGGUACCAACUGAAAAAUAAAAAGGCACUUAUUCUUAUCCAAUGUUGUAUUUUUAGGUAAUGUACUUAGAAAGUGAGUAAGAAUCAGUUACUCAGAAUACCUGUUCCCAAACCAUACCUAAUAACACAGAGAGGCUACUGGUGAUCGCUCUGGCCAUUUUUUUUCUCUUCCCCUCUCCCCAGCCCUCCCCCUCCUCUCCUCCUCCCCCCCUUCUCUCGUUCUUCCUCUCUGCCUCCCCUCCUCUGAAAUACAAGUAGGGAAACAGAACUCAAACCUUGAACAUCAUCUGAUUCAGUGAUUUUUCAAAUACUUUCUGGGGAAACAGACUCAUUUUUCAAAUGAAUUCUUGUACAGAAUCACAAUAUAUAUAUAAAAGAAUUUUUAAAAUAUUGCUACUCUGCCUAAAACAAGACAAAGGCCUGGAGCCAGGUGCAAGCAGCUCCCUGUCACUGCCGUGCAAACCCAGAGCUCCGUGGGAGCCUAGGGUGAGGAUCGUCAGUCCCAAGGUCACACAGAGGCUGUCACCAGGUCAACAUCAGACCUAGAUCCUAAGCCUUGCAGUCUACCAGAUCUCCUAUGGCAUGUAACACAGACGUGUAUUGUAAAUACAUGUGUAUGAUGUGUUCACCCAUACAUUCCUGAAUGGAUGUAGGAUUUAUAAUUUAUGUCUUGAAUAAUAAUAACAUAAGGUCAAAUCUAGGCUGAUAGGUAAGUCAGUCAUUAGACCAGAGAAAAGUUUCUGAAUGGCUGGAAAGGACUUGAGUUUCACCUGACAGCUGUUUGAAUAUUAGGAAGCUUCAGGGAGACAAGUUUUGAGAGAGGGGCCUCUUUCUGUGUGCCCCCCAUCCAUGCACGAGAUUCUCAAAAACCUGAAGUUACUUUAAGUUAGUAUCCGUAGUCAUAAAAGUACAGACUUUUUGUUGUUGUCAAAUUAAUGGUAUGAUAUUUCCCUCCCCCCUGCUGGAAGGGUUUUCCUAAUUUGUUUCUAGUGAGGAGACACAGAGGAGAUGCCAGAGUCACUUGAGGUCAAGGUCUCGGGCGCCUGUUUCACUGACAGACACCUCAUGUGUUAACUUUACUGUUUUGAGCCACUUCCCUCCCUGCUUCUGACAAAUACCUAAUGGGAAAGGCCUAUAGAAUUUUAUUGUUACUUAUUAAGCAUUUCGGUGCCAUACAUGCUGAUUGGCAGUUUGUAUAUAUUAUUUCAUUAUCUCCUUAAAACAGUCCAUGAGGUAGAACCCCGAACUGCCCCCGUUGUGCAGAAGAAACAUAGCUUUAGAGAGAAUUCCAGUCUUGGCCUUAGAGUCACACAGUGCCCGCGUACAGGAGCUGACGUUUCAGGCAGGUCUCUCACACAGCCUUCUCUGGGUCACCGUGCAGGAUGCUCGGGGCAGAGCUGGGGUCUGCAGGUCCGUUUUACAAAAAAGCAGGUUCCAGUUCGGCACAGUAAGAGCUUCCUGGUGGUUAGCCCUGGGAAGGGAUUCCCCAGGAGAAAGUGGGAGGGAGCACUGUCCCAGGAGGCAUCCCGUCCAUCUGAGCACCUUAGUAGUAGCAGGAAGGGUCGGGAUCAGAACUGACUGCAUCAUGUGAGCAGUCUCCCAGAGUCCACUCUUCUCCAUGCUGCUGUGACUCUGGACCAGCAGAUCACUGCCCUAAGACACACUCAAGGAAACACAUGCUAACGACUCCUUGACUGGCUUUUUCCAUUGCAAGUAGAACCCCCAAACUAUUGCUUGGUGAGUUGACAUUUACAUAGCCAGGCUUUCUUUUAUAUAAAUCAACCCUAGCAACAUAGUCAUCGUAAACCCCUCUCCGCUGACCCACUGACUCAGACUUUUAGGGCUGGGCUGUCUCCGUGUUCUGAUGUCCUUCCAUCUCAUUUUACCGAGAGUGACGGAAAUGAGCCAUCCUUACUCACUCUCAAAAUAUUUCCCGAGCACCCACAAUGGGUCGAGCAAGGGCACGACCAAGGUGAAGUAGGGUGAGGGUCAGCUACUUCCUAGGUUCUGUCUGCAGGCAGGUAAAAAAGUAAAAAGCUGCUCAGGUGGCCAGAAUUGGACAGCUUCUCUGAAGCUUUUGAAUUUUAAAAACAACCUAUUUCCAUGAACAAUCAGACAGUAUAAAGUUGAAUAAAGUCAAAGAAAAAAAAUAGCCCAUCUCCCCAGAGGUAGCCAUCACUAAUGUUGGAUGAGUAUUUUUACUCAAGGACAUCAUACUGUAAAGUAGCUUUCUUCUGACUUCAUACAUCGUGGUCAUUUUUUCAUAUCAAUACAUAGAUUAUUGUCACAUUUCAAAUGUCCACAUAAAUGAUCUGCACCCGGGUAACUCAUGUGCAGUCAGCAAGCUAUCGAUGAACGCUCAGGCUGUUUGAGGUCUUCUGUCACUAGCAAUGGGUGUCACAGUGAACAUUCUUAUAUUCGUAUUCCUGUACUUCUUCAGUCCUUUUCCUCGUGUGUCUGUGCCCUCUGGUGCCAAUACCUACCUACAGUAGGGUUAUAACGAUAAAAGUACAUUGUCAUGUCAAAAUGGGCUCAUUUUGAUUUUGUUAGGUGUUCAUAAAUUUUCCCCCCUAAAAAUAGGAUCAAUUUACACGACCACCAAUAGCAUAUGAGACCUGCUUUUUGCUGUAUCACAGGACUUUCUCGGGUCUUGAGAUUGGAAGUAACUUUUCUGAUUAUUUGUGUGCUUGGAAAGGGUAGCUUUUCCUUGCAUUGUUGCCAGAAGACCAGAACUUUUUCAUUGGGGGGUUUUAGUUGUUUUUUUUUUUUUAGCAGCAGAGACCAAAUCUCUCCAUAGAGGGGCAUCUAGUAGUGACCAAUUCACUGUGUGUCAAACACAUCGUUACUCUUAGCUUUUUACCUGAAAAUACUUACCUUUCCUACUUUACAUAUAAUGGUUGUGAGAGCCAAUUUUUAAAUGAACUCACUUGGGCAAGAGCCCUCGGUGAAGUGCAAAGCACAGCACAAACACAUCUAUAAGUUCUUUGAGCCUCAGUUUCCUCAUCUGUAAAAGGAUGGUAAUGAUUCCCUGCCUCUUCCCAAACCACUUCAACUCUGCAACCAUUUCCCACACACCUGCUGAAUGCCAGGCAAGAUGUAAGGUCUUGAAGUUACCAUGGUGAAUUGUACUGAUUCCUAAAUCAAGAAGCUCAUAACUCUACCGUCUUUUUCCUUUAUUUCUUUUUUUCCCCAGAAACCUUUUAUUCUUCCUUAAAGGAGUAAGAAGUUAAGGGUUUGUUUAGUAAGAACCCCUGAAGAAACACUCUUAAAUUUGAAUAAUUCCAAAAUAAUAACACCCCUUGAGUUGAAAUGGGAGAAAAGAAACAUACUGUAUGAAGAGCCUCUCUAAUAAUAAAUGCAAAGCAGCUGUAAAAAUACAGAGUCAAAUGAUACUUUCAUAAAGUGUUUGCAAAAUUAGAAAAUAUUAUUCUUUAGGGGGAAAUGGACAUUUUUGUUUUCUCUGCUAAAUGAAAUGCAACAUUUUCAAGGCUCAACAGACUGGAGUUUGAACAAUAUGCAGAGCAGAAAGAACUGAACUAACAUUCAAACAACUCACAUGCUCUAUUGCCUGUUACUUUUGAGAAGGUGGGAAGAACUUCAAGCAGAACGUGCCUGUGGAGCUUCACUUUAGAAACAAAACACCCAAAAUGUCUUAACCACAUGUGAUAUCGUUGCCUGCAUACUGAUUACGUAAACGCUAAAUGCAGUUCUGUAUUUGUUUGCUUCAUAUGAUUUUUACAUUUAAAUAAUACUACUUCUGUUAACUUUCUUGUUCCAUUUUUACUCUCGGGUUGGUGGGGCAUGGAUCUGAGGGAAAGUGAUUUCCCAUCACCAGAUUAUUUUUUACCAUGUUACCCUGUCUAGUUUUUACAUUGUGUGUCAGUUUGGUCGUGAUUUUUUGUUUAUUGCCUUUCUUAACAAUAGGAGCAAUAAUCGCAGUAAGCUCCGCGAAGGUAGGUAUUUCUCUGUCCUUGGCACCAUUGCGUCCUCCGGAUCUCCCCACAGUGCCUGUCACACAACAGGUGUCGAGUGCACACUCGUGGGAUUGAAUAUGUGGUGUGCUGCAAAACUAAGACUCAGUUCCAGCUUAACUCUCCUGCCUUGGUGUUUACUUAGUCCCUUCAACACUUACCAAAGUGCUCUUGGGAGCCAGGCACCUUGCUAAGUGCCAGGGAUACAAUGCAGAACAGACGUCGUGAUCCUAGCCCCCAUGUAAUCUAUGGUUUAGGGAAAGAACAUUCAACUUCAAUUAACCAGAGCCUUUCCACUUAUUCUCUUUCUCCCAUAUUUGAAGUUCUAGGCCAUUCAAUGUUGCUUCAAGAAAGAGACUUUUCUUGAGGUGAUGGUUGCA